AUGGCUUCUACUUCAUUCUCGCGCGCUCUUCCCCUGGCUGGUCCAGGCGGGAUCUCACAUUCGUUUUCUACCACCAAACCCAGCCCUUUCUCGUCCACCCAGGCCGCAUCCGCUCCUGCGUCACCUUAUCGCCCGAACAAGGCCGAGCUCGAAGCCAAGCUCGCGCACGCCCAAGUCAGGGCGCAGGCACGCAGGACGAUUGCAUAUCAGGGUAUUGGGCUAGGUCUGCCGGCAGACCUCUUCCGACCGCAGUCUCGCAUCGUCUGUGCGGGAAAUGACGUACCAGCAAGUGAGUGGGUGUGCAACGACACAGUUCCAACCCACAUCACCAAGUUGCCAAUGGCGCACUCGAGUGUGUCACCAUCUUUGCCAUCAUCGCCUGCGCUCCCAUUUUCCCCGGAGCUCGCACGGGCAGGCGUCGGUUCUGCGCAAUUUGGGCGCAUAACCACAAGUACGCCGCCAUCGCCCACUUUGGGCACGCAACCACCACCACAGUCGUUGUACACGGUGACGCCGCAUACCUCUCCGCCGCAGCGUACAACCGAUGCACCCGGCGCAUCCUCGUUCCAGCAGUCCGGGCAGGCAACCGGAGUUGACUUUGAACUCGUGUUCAGUCCGGUCACACAAAGUGCUUUCCCGGGCCCUCGCAUGGGGCCUCGUCGACCGGCAUCCAUCAGCCUCCAUGCGCCGGGCGCGCCGUCGCCUGACCCGAUCGUGAGCCCGACGGAGCUGAAGAUGAGGAAUUUUCCACUUACACCCGGAGCACCUUUGUACCGUCCAUCCAAAGAGAGCCAUUGUCUUCGGACACUUGGGGUAACGCUCACUGAGAGAACCCCAGCAGACGGUGGAGCAGAGUGUUUCCAUCCAGCUACGACAGUGACUACGUCAGUUGGGUUGGGAAUAGAUAUGGGUGCCGAACCAGCGGAGGGAGAUGGUCUCAAUACUCAUUACGAGUAA